UGAAAUAAGAACUGUUUAUGGGAGAGGAAAUUCAGACACACAAUGAUUAAAUAACUUGUCAAUAGAUUACACAGCUGGUAAGUGACAGAGCCAAUAUUUGAAUGUUCUCUACUAGAGUAUACUGGAGAGACACAGAGACCCACACACUUCUGCACCUACAAAAUUACAGUUGACUUUUGGACAAUGCUGAGGGGGUUAGGGGUGCUGACCACCCGCUUAGUCAAAAUCUGCAUAUAACUUUCGAGGCCCCAAAAACUUAACUACCAGUAAUCUGUUGACUGGAAGCCUUACUGAUAACAUAAACAGUCAAUUAACACAUAGUUUGUAUGUUAUAUGUAUUGCAUACUGUAUUCUUACAACAAAGUAAGGUAGAGAAAAGAAAAUGUUAAGAAUAUUAUAAAGAAGAGAAAAUACAUUUGUAGUACUGUGCUGUUAAAAAAAAAAAGUCUGCAUUACAAGUAUAUCUGUGCAAUCCAAAACCAUAAUUUUUCGAGGGUCAACUGUAUCUUGUUAGAACAGAUCCUACACCUUCAUGGCUCUGAGUCUCACAUUCUGUAGAAUAGGGUUGCCAGAUUUAACAAAUAAAAAUAAGGAUGCCCAGUUAAAUCUGAAUUUCAGGUAAGCAAGAAGUAAUUUUAAAUAUGUCCUAUUCAAUAUCUGAAACAUAUUAAAAACAUUUUUUUUGUUGCUUUUCUGAAGUUCAAAUUUAACUAUGCAUCCUGUAUUUUAUUGGGCAGCCUUACCCAGGAGAAAAAAUUGUUAGUUUUUCAUGUACUAAAUCCAACGACUAUUCCUCGAUAAAGUCUUAAGUAAUUUUGAGGGGCAGUUUGUUUUCCUCUUCUCUACUUUUACAUCCCAAUCUACUCUAUCCAUUAUAGUAUUAUCUUACUCUGCUUAUAGGUGCUUGAUUUUUCCCAUUCAGACCCUUAACCUCCUAUAGGGGGAACUGCCUGAUGUUCAUUAAAGAAUUCCCAAUCAUGGAGAAGUUAAAUGAUUGAAAAGGUUAUUGAGUAAACAGUUACUGAGAGUCACUGGGUAUAAGGUAUGAAGUGGAACUAACAUUUGUGAAUGGUCCUUUUCCUUUUGCAAGCUGAAUGUAGUGCUGAUAGUGCUCAUUAAGGCCCUAUUAAAAAUGGUUGGGCAUUGUUUUUGGCCACAGGGAGAAUCACAUUCUUUUGAUGCCUAUCUGACAUAAAUAACUGCUGUCAUUCUAGUUAACAUCACCUUUCUGAGAUAGCAAGUCCUAGAGUUAGUUGCGGUUCCCAUAGCAACAAUAGAUCCUUUAAGCCUCGAGAGGGACAGGAAGUGCAGUUUGCCUUUCCGGCUUGCGUCCGUGACGUUUACGCCCCGGAAGUUGACGCUACGCCGUUGCAUAUGGCCGCGCCCUGUAAGGAUGCCGCUGGUGGUGUUUUGCGGGCUGCCGUACAGUGGCAAAAGCCGGCGCGUGGAGGAGCUCCGUGGGGCUCUGGCGGCCGAGGGCCGCGCGGUGUACGUGGUGGAUGACGCGGCGGUGCUGGGCACGGAGGACGCGACCGUGUACGGCGAUUCGGCCCGUGAGAAGGCGUUGCGCGGCGCUCUGCGAGCUGCGGUGGAGCGGCGCCUGAGUCGCCACGAUGUGGUCAUCCUCGACUCGCUUAACUACAUCAAGGGAUUCCGCUACGAGCUUUACUGCCUCGCGCGGGCGGCGCGCACCCCGCUCUGCUUGGUAUAUUGCGUGCGGCCCGGCGGUGUGAGCGGGGGACCUCAGGCGGCGGAUGCGACAGACAACCAAGGCCAGAACGACAGUGUGAGUUGGAGGCCGCGCACUGAGGAGAGAGGGAGACCUCUGGCGGCUGGCAGCAGUGCCCUCAGGGAACCCCAGACAGUGGACUUUGUAGUUAGUGGAAGAACCCAGGUCAAUGUACCUAAGGAACUGGAGCAGGAGAAUACCAAGGCGCCAGAUCUUCCAGCUCGUGGGACUCCAGACUUCGAUAAAGAUGCAAAGGGUGAUUCAAGUGCCGUAUAUCCUCCUGAACUUAUGGAGGCCCUAUCACUGCGCUUUGAGGCUCCUGACUCUCGUAACCGCUGGGACCGGCCCCUCUUCACGUUGGUGGGCUUAGAGGAGCCGUUGCCCCUAGCAGAGAUACGGGCUGCCUUGUUUGAGAACCAGGCUCCCCCACCCCAUCAGUCUACACAGUCCCAGCCCCUUGCCUCUGGCAGCUUUCUGCACCAGUUGGAUCAGAUUACGAGCCAGGUGUUGGCGGGAUUGAUGGAAGCCCAGAAGAGCGCGGUUCCUGGAGACUUGCUUAAGCUUCCUGGAACCACUGAGCACCUGCAGUUUACCCGGGCUUUGACCAUGGCAGAACUGAGUCGCCUCCGUCGCCAGUUUAUUUCCUACACCAAAAUGCAUCCCAACAAUGAGAACCUGCCUCAGCUGGCCAACAUGUUUCUGCAGUAUCUGAACCAGAGUCUGCACUAACCAAGCCUCCUGCUUUAACCUCCCCUGCUCUCUGUUUUGCUUGAUGGAGUAAUCUUACAGUCUGCAGAACAUGUUGGUGUGUGGCACUAGAGCUGUUGUGACUGAUUUACUUUCCUCUGUGCCAGGCCUUGAGUUUACAGCAUAAGUUGAGACUAGAAAAAAAAUGGAGAACUGGCUUGGAGAUUCUUGGCAAGUUUCUCCAAGGGACAGAGUUCAGGUGGACACGGCUUGUUUAGAUUGGGUUCUACUUGGGGUAUCACACACUGAUGAUUUCCCCAUCUGAAUUGUGAGAGAGCAGACUGGUUGGAUGAAUUGUUUUAAAACAGUUUGAACAAGAACUGAAGAUGGCCCUGUUCAUCUGCACUCACUUUGUUCAUACCACAAAUAAGUUUUUGAGUACUGUGCCUACUUUUUGUUAGUCUAUUCUGGGGUCAGGGGUCACAGAUAAAUCCACUGGUUUUUGUUCUUGGGAAGCUUUGGUUUUAGUGGAAGUGAAAGACUUAACUAUUGGAUUAUUUUAUCUAAUAAAAUCUUUUAGAAGAAGUAA